ACUACCGGUGCGAACCCAAACUCUGGACUCUAGCCCGGUGGACAUGGAAACGCAGUGCACGGAAAGCAAAUAGACAGUGAUGGCGAGCAGCUCUGCAGUGUUGAUGCAGCUGGUGGCUUCAUCCUAUGCUGUGGCAGAGCAGGCUGGAUCUAUCGUCAGGAAUGUGCUACAGAGCGGAGAGCUCGGGAUUGUGGAGAAGACAGGAGUCAAUGAUCUACAGACUCUGGCUGACAGGCUUGUUCAGAAGAGUAUAUGUGCAUCUCUGUCGAGAAGCUUCCCUAAAGUCACAAUUAUUGGAGAAGAGGAUUUACCGGUUGAGGCUGUUGAAGAGAACCUGAUAGAGAGCGGGAAGAACAGUGUAAUCCUACAAAAGUCCUGUCCGAAUCAGUAUGCAAGCCUGAAGGAGGAGGAGCUGGUUGUGUGGGUGGACCCUCUCGAUGGCACUAAAGAAUAUACUGAAGGUCUCCUGGACCAUGUGACAGUGCUAAUAGGCAUUGCUUAUGGUGGGACAGCCAUUGCUGGAGUCAUCAAUCAACCCUUCUACAACUACCAGUUGGGGGCUGGUGCUUCUUUGGGCAGAACAUUAUGGGGAGUAUUGGGUUUGGGCGCAUUUGGGUUCCAACUCCAGGAGGUCCCAGAUGGUAAAAGAAUCAUCACCACUACACGGUCCCAUAGCAAUAAACUAGUCACUGACACAAUCCAAGCUAUGGAGCCUCAUGAUGUCAUCAGAGUGGGAGGAGCUGGGAAUAAGAUUAUCCAGUUGGUGGAAGGAAAGGCCUCUGCUUAUGUCUUCGCCAGUCCGGGCUGUAAGAAGUGGGACACAUGUGCACCUGAGGCAAUUCUGCAUGCAGUUGGAGGUAAACUCACAGACAUGCAUGGUAAUGCAUAUAGAUAUAAUGCAGAUGUGAAGCACAUGAAUUCUGCUGGGGUGCUGGCGACGCUAAGGGAUCAUCAGUAUUAUUUAAGCAGAGUGCCACAGGCUGUACGAGAAGCUCUUUCCUCUGAUUGAGGAAUUCCAGGAUUUGGAUUUCUACUGUGAACUUUGUGCCUUAAUGCAAUGUGUUCUUGUCAUAAAAUGAUGAUUGAUCUAACAAGAAAGAUGAAAUAUAAAUUCCUAAACUUUGUAAUUCUUUUAAUAUUGCUUACAUUUCCCACACUUAAAAUUAAUAAGAGGGUUUUUUGUUUAAUUAUUACAACUACAACAUGUUUUGAUAUACAUUACAGGAUCAAAUAUAUAUAUACUGUAUGUUUUACAUUUCUGUUUCCAUUACUUGAUAUAAUAUAUAAAGCAUAUAAUCAACAUGUUGAAUAUUUAUAUAUACUGUACACAUCUUAACGUCUAUAUGAUGGUAUGAUGGUUUUGGAUGCAGUUUGUUUCCCCCUGACAUUAUACAUAAUAAUGUAAGUUUAAAAUAGGUGUCCAUAAUCUGGACAAUUACCAAGAUCACCAGUGUUGUUUGAAAUACCAAGCUAACAAAAAGGUAUCAUGAUUAAAAUUAUAUUUGUUGUCGUUGCAUUGAAAGUCGUUUCAGAAAAGUCUGUCCCGCACUGGUGCUGUGAAAUCCUGUAUUUGUUAUGCUACUUGACAGUUCUGUAUCUUAAACCAUAACCAAAACGUUAAAAUGACGUAUUAAUUGGUGCUUUAAUGAUAUAGCCACAUUAUAGAAUACUUUUUUAAAGACUUGUAAAGAAUAUGUGCCCUCUAAUGCACUUGAGUAGAAGGGAAAACAGUAACAGUGCAGACAUGAAUAUCAAUACUGUCAUCUAGUGCGCUAUUUUAUGGCAACAUUCAGUCUUGAUUAUUAAUAUUAAAAUAGGGUGUGUUGGAUGGCAUCUCAAUUGACAUAUACUGUACAUACAGUUGAAGACAAAAUUAUUAGCCGCCUAUGAAAUAUUUUGUUAUUUUUCAAAUAAUUCCCAAGUGCUGUUUAAU